AUGGCUUCCACCAACAUCUCUAACCUCCUCUUCCCCUCCUCCUCACCUACUUUCUGUCCUCUCCUCUUCCUCCCCACUCCCAAUCUUCCUACUCCUCUCUCUCUUUCUCCUACUCAUCCUCCCCACUCCUCCUCUACCCUCCUCCUCCCCAAUCCUUCUUUCCCCCUCCUCUUCCUCGCUCCUGAUGCAACUCCUCAACCUCUUCCUCCCCAUCCUCCUCUUAAUUCCUCCUUCCUCUUCCGCCACUUCCUGCUCCUCACCCCUCUUCCCCAGUCCUCUUUCUCCUCCUCUUCUUCCCUGUUCCUCAUCUCCUCCCCUCCUCCUCCCCGCCCCCCUCCCCACAAAAGGAAAAUAAUGCCGAUGGAUCCUCUCCAAAACCCAUCGGGUCUAAUUCCUCCUUCGCGUUCCAUUAGCUUCCGCCAUGAUGUCUCCAAUAGCUGGAUAAUGGCGGACGAAUGGAUCAAAUUUAGUUGA